UUUCGGGAGUGGCUCUCUUUAUAUCGCAUCAUGUUUAUUACGCUCCUGUGCGCUAACCUGGCCGGGACGUGUGUCACAUUAGCGCACAGAUGGAAAUUCGCUCAAGAUAAUGGUGCAACCAUCACCCUGUGUUACAUCACCGCCGCUAUCCUCGUUCGGAAUGAACUCACUCUCCGUUGCCUGUACUCGGUUCUCCUAUUUUUCUUCAAGCGGUGGACGCCGUUUGUGUUUCGGAAUGCUAUCUCCACGUUCUUGCUCAAUAUUGGGGGACUGCAUUCUGGAUUUGCCAUAUCGGGGACGAUGUGGCUUGUCACGGCCACGAUUGAACUCUUCCGAAACGCGAUGUGGACCCUUCCUCGAUCAAACGCCGCCCCGUGGCUUUGCGUACUCGCCACAGGCGUAUCUUGUAUCGUGGUGGCGGUAUGCGUCACAGCUCAUCCCUUCAUUCGCGAACGGCAUCAUAAUUUCUUUGAGCGAGUGCAUCGCUUCGCCGGGUGGACCGCCCUAGGACUGCUCUGGAUAUUCAUUGGUGUUGCGGACGCAUGGAGCCCCGUACAUCAUGAUUUUCGUGCGAGCAGGAUAAAGACCAAGCCCGACAUUUACAUUGGGAUAGCUCUCACAGUGAUCAUCUUCUUACCUUGGACCACAAUACGUAAAGUGCCAGUCAAGUCUGAGGUGCUAUCGAACUCUGUCGUCCUGUUGAGGUUCGAGGGAUAUAUUAAGCGCGGCUUGUUUGGUCGUGUGUCUCGAAACCCAUUCUCGGAGAAUCACGCGUUCGGUAUCACAAGCAAGGCUCGUGCCUACCAACCGCCAGGUGGGGAGCACUACAUGUGCGUGGUCGGGCAAGGAGACUUUACGCAGGGGCUGAUAGCAAAUCCACCUUCCUACUUGUGGACGCGAACGAUGAAAUUCACGGGUCUGCCAAUCAUGACUUCUUUUUAUCGAUCUGGCUUAUACGUUGUAACGGGGUCUGCUAUUGGGGUUGCUUUGUCUAUUUUCAUGCAACGCGACCCCAAGAGUCGGUGGCAUCUUCUCUGGAUUGCUAGUAAUAUUAUGAAGACUUACGGCAGUACAGUCUUGCCGGAUUUAUGCCAAGCUUACGAAAAUGGUGACGAUGAUGGCUGCACUUUCGAGAACUCGGUCACUCUCUGGGACACUCGAAAGCGGGGACGACCAGACAUGUUAGAACUUAUAGAAACGACAGUGCGUGCGAAAAAUUGCGAGGUUGUGUUCGUCACUAGCAAUCCCAAGGGUACGGCAGAUAUCAUUCGCGGGUGCGCAGAGAGAAACAUC